UCGGAGGAGACUGGGCUGGGAAGCAGGGACCAGAUGAGCUGAGGAUCCCCAGGGGACCUCAGGCUGUGGGCGGGGCUUCAGGGAGGAACAGAGGAGACAGAGGAUCCCUGGAGAAACCCCAGGGAAGCCCCCAGGAGGGGAAGGAAUGUCCUGCCAGACCCAAGGGAGGAUGGAGGACCAGAGAAGAGGCAGGAAGAAGGAUGAAGACCUGGGCUUCCAAUUCAGUUUAGCAGGGUCUUGGGAAGCAGACGCAUGAGAUGUAGAGGCUGCUCUCCAGACAAGUAAACAGACCAUUUCAGUCCUGGUGAUCCAGCCUGCCACCAAAGAUGAGGAGGCUGCUCAGAAAAUGUCCCUAGGGCACCAGGUUCUCCCAGGCCCCGUGGCCCCCAGGCCCUGAGUGGGUGCUCACAGGUGUAGAUCGGCCACGUGAGGAGCCAGGGACACGAUCAGCAUGAACUGGGCAUUCCUGCAGGGCCUCCUGAGCGGGGUCAACAAGUACUCCACGGCGCUGGGCCGCAUCUGGCUGUCGGUGGUGUUCAUCUUCCGCGUGCUGGUGUACGUGGUGGCCGCUGAGGAGGUAUGGGACGAUGAACAGAAGGACUUCAUCUGCAACACCAAGCAGCCAGGCUGCCCCAACGUCUGCUACGAUGAGUUCUUCCCCGUGUCCCACGUGCGCCUCUGGGCCCUGCAGCUCAUCCUGGUCACGUGCCCCUCGCUGCUCGUGGUCAUGCACGUGGCCUACCGCGAGGAGCGCGAGCGGAAGCACCGCCUGAAACACGGGCCCAACGCCCCAUCCCUGUACAACAACCCGAGCAAGAAGCGUGGCGGGCUCUGGUGGACGUACUUACUGAGUCUCAUCUUCAAGGCCGCCGUGGACUCUGGCUUCCUCUACAUCUUCCACCGCCUCUACCAGAAUUACGACAUGCCCCGCGUGGUGGCCUGCUCUGAGUCACCCUGCCCCCACACAGUGGACUGCUACAUCUCCCGACCCACAGAGAAGAAGGUCUUCACCUACUUCAUGGUGGCCACAGCUGUGAUCUGCAUCCUGCUCAACCUCAGUGAGGUCACCUACCUCGUGGGCAAGAGGUGCCUGGAGACCCUCGGCCCCAGGCAUCAGAAGUCUCGGCGCCGCAGUCACCUACCAGAUACAUGCCCACCAUAUGCCCUCUCCCAGGGAGAGCCCCACCAAGACGGGACCUCUGUCCUAAUGAAGGCCGGCUCCGACACAGUGGAUGCAGCUGUGUAUCCAUAACCUGUGAAGUGGGCAGCUGGGACCAUGCGACCCCCCGCCUGCUCCCUAAGGCCACGGCAGGGCAGUGGCAUCUUUUCUGUGGCAGGUCAGGUGAGGAGGGUAGUUGUGGGGCUCAGGAAGUCCACCCAGGGGCCAGUAGGGGAACUGUUCCGUCCCUAGGUCCUGAGCCUCAGGACAGGGAAGUUGAUGGCUAGUGAGGAUUUUAUAUGUGGCAAUAGAGUAGGCCAAAACCCUUAAUAAAUAUGAUUUUCCCAGAACUUUGCAGACCAGGUGGGGAGGGGUGGGGUGGAAAGCAGGGGGCUUCACGAUGGACCUCAGUGAGGAGGCCAAGGUCACUUGGCGGGCACCUGAGCUCCAGAACAUCAGAUCCAGGUUCACCCAUCACACACACACACACACACACACACACACACAGUGUGUCCCCGGGACAUGGUGGGGAAUGACCCGAGGCUGCUCCAGAGGUCUCUGGAUCUGCAACCAGCUGUCAAAGCAAGAGAAGAGAGACCCCAGGAGCCCCUGAGCCCUGUGCAAGUCACUUCCCAGUGAGUGUCCCUCAGAUGAAUGUGUGUGGCUCAAGAGGCCCCUGCCUCCCCCAUUCCCUCACCCUGCCCAGCACAGGUCCCAGGGAGGUGAGUCCUCUCUGGGGGUGGGAGGGGAAGGCUUGCUGAGAGCAGGUCCAGGAUGGGGGUUCUGCCAGGGUGUCUAGGAGGCAUAUCCCCAUGCGCGAGGGACCCAUUGAGAGUGUCCAAGCUAAAGAGUCACUCAAAGAUCCUCAAGUCUGAGGAAUUGCCCUUCUCUUUACACAUUCCCUCAUCCUCCCCUCCCCCUACCACUCAGACCUCGGCAACUCCCAAAACCAACCUCCAGCCUGGACUUGCCUCUGAGCCCUAGAGCCCCCACCAGCUGCCCAUGGACAACCCUCCAGGAGGCCCCUAGGUGUCUUCCACUCAGCAACUCCCAAGCUGACCUCGUCAUCUUCCCCCAAACCUGCCCUCCUCGCAGAUCACCACCCCCACCCCCAUGAAUGGCACUGCCAUCCAGUCAGUGGUCCAAGCUGGGAGCUGGCCUGACAUCCUCAUCCCCUCCCCAUCUCCCAGCCCCUCACCCCACAUCUCAGUGCAGCACCAAAUCCCACUAAUUCCCACCCUAAAUGCCUCCUGAGUCUGCCCCUCAUCUCCACCCCACAGCCUUACCACCUGCCUCUCACUGGGCCUCUCCUGUCUGCCCUCCACUACGGCGGGGACAGAGUGGUUUUCCUAUAAAUGAAUCUGGAACAUGUCAUUCCUCGUGCCUUAAGAAUUCUUCCACCGCCACCACCACCCCUACCGCCCUCAGCCUGGCCCCUGCUGACCUCCCCAACCUCACUCCCCACUUCCUCCCUCCUUACACCCACUGACAAUACCAAAGGACUCGUGGUUCCCCAACCAGAUACACCAUGCUGUGACAUGCCUCAUGCCUACAAGAUGCUGUUUCCUCUGCCUGGAAUGCCCUUCCUCCCUCCUCUGGGACCCUUCCUGGAACCCCAAGGACAGCCUUAACUGCCUCUGCUUGUGCCAGCCUAGCCCAUGCCUCUGCCAUCUCCCCGAAUCUGGGUGGCUGAUUCUCCCCAUCGGUCUGUGAGUCCAUCGGGGCAGGAUGCUGAGUCAUCCAGGUGCCAGGGCCUUCAAUAAACGUUUGUUAAAUGAGUAAA